GAUUCAUUCACAACCAACAGCAGCAGCACCUGGACCCUCCGGUAUUCGGAGAAGAGUGUUACUGUUACGGUGGCACUUUGCGAAAUAAGUGAAGCUGGACGUCUGAGGCUAACGAGCGGCGCAAGCUAAGUGUAACUAGCCGUAGCUCGUGCGGUCAAACUUCAGCGGUGUUGCUGACACGAGCUGAUGAACUUGGAGCGGCCGGAGCGCUUCCUGGUCGUGGGAUAGUUGGGUUUUAGAAGCAGCGAGUACAGAGACUGUGCUUGUGAUGUAGUCGUCUCACCGUACUCUCCGCCUGUCCAACAACCCACUGAGGAAGGGUUUGAGCUUAUUCUCUGAUCACAGUAAUGGAUGAGGACACUCCAACCCUGAAACCCAGAAGGAUCCAGAAUCAGAAUGUGGUUCAUCGCCUCGAGAGGCGCAGGAUCUGCUCAGGCCGCCCGGGAGCUCACUGGUACCGAGUGCGCUGCUUCCACCAAAACUUGUUCCCCAACUUCACUGUGGUCAACGUGGAGAAGCCGCCCUGCUUCCUUAGGAAGUUUUCACCAGAUGGACGCUGCUUCAUCGCCUUCUCCUCUGACCAGACUUCACUGGAGAUAUAUGAAUACCAAGGCUGCCAGGCAGCUCAGGACCUGCUGAGAGGCCAAGAGGGAGAGACUCUCCUAACAGCCAACGACCAGCGCUCCCUCAACAUCCGAGGCCGUCUGUUUGAGCGCUUUUUCUCCUUGCUCCAUGUCACUAAUGUGGCCUCAAACGGAGAACACCUAAACAGGGAGUGCAGCCUCUUCACAGACGACUGCCGCUACGUCAUUGUUGGGUCGGCUGUGUACGUCCCAGAGGAGCCGCCGCCGUAUUUCUUUGAGGUAUAUCGUAACAACGAAUCUGUGACGCCUAAUCCCCGCUCUCCUCUAGAAGACUACUCCCUCCACAUUAUCGACCUCCACACAGGCAAGCUGUGUGACACCAGGUCCUUCAAGUGUGACAAGAUAAUCCUGUCCCACAACCAGGGCCUCUACCUCUACAGGAACAUCCUGGCUGUGCUGUCGGUCCAGCAGCAGACCAUACAUGUCUUUCAGGUGACGCCCGAGGGAACGUUUCUGGACGUCAGGACGAUUGGGCGGUUUUGUUAUGAGGACGACCUCCUGACUCUUUCAGCCGUUUACACGGAGGCUCAGGCUGAGAGCCAGCCUGGCUUCCCUCGCCUGUACACUGACAAAACCAUCAACUCCCUGAAGCACAGGCUGCUGGUCUACCUCUGGAGGAGGGCUGAGCAGGAUGGCAGUGCCACCGCCAAGAGGAGAUUCUUCCAGUUUUUUGAUCAGCUGAGGAGGCUGAGGAUGUGGAAGAUGCAGCUGCUGGAUGAGCAUCACCUUUUCAUUAAAUAUACCAGCGAAGAUGUGGUCACACUGAGAGUCACCGACCCUUCGCAGCCGUCGUUCUUUGUCGUGUACAACAUGGUGUCCACAGAGGUGCUGGCCAUCUUUGAGAACACCUCUGACCAGCUGCUGGAGCUGUUUGAGAAUUUCUGCGACCUGUUCAGAAACGCUACGCUGCACAGCCAGGCCGUCCAGUUCCCCUGCUCCGCUUCAUCCAACAACUACGCACGGCAGGUCCAGAGAAGAUUUAAGGACACCAUAGUGAACGCCAAAUAUGGCGGCCACACUGAGGCAGUGCGUCGGCUGCUGGGUCAGCUGCCCAUCAGCGCGCAGUCGUACAGCAGCAGCCCUUACCUCGACCUCUCCCUCUUCAGUUACGAUGACAAGUGGGUGUCAGUGAUGGAGAGGCCCAAGACCUGCGGAGACCACCCCAUCAGGUUCUACGCACGGGACUCCGGCCUGCUGAAGUUUAAGAUCCAGGCAGGCCUGCUGGGGCGGCCGGUAAACCACACCGUACGACGCCUGGUGGCCUUCACCUUCCACCCCUUUGAGCCCUUUGCCAUCUCUGUCCAGCGCACCAACACAGAGUAUGUGGUCAACUUCCACAUGAGGCAUGUCUGUGCGUGAGGAACUUGUGCGUGUGUGUGUGUGUGUUUGUGAGCCUGAGAGCCUGUGGAUUCACACUUGGAAACAAAAUGCAGGACCGUUGAGCUUCUGUUAGCAGCUAUUGGUGACAAUACAACAAACAUGUCCUCCAUCAGGAGGCACAAAACAGUUUGUUCUAUUAGUUGCUCUCUCGUUCUCCAGAGAAAUCAGCAGUCCUCUCCCUGCAUUCUCCUCCUGAUGGAAAGCACAGUUUCUCUCCUCUUUCCCCCUCCAUCACACAGUGGUCACUCCACCUCCACCACCACCACCCCCACCCCCACUCCCUCCCUCUCCGCAAGAAGGCAGCAAUUCUGCCUUUUCCCUUCGCCUCCUCUCUCCCCCUUCCUCCACAGAACAAAGAGGGACCUGUAGGGAGGAGAGGCUGGAAUAAGUGUAAAUGGAGAUGUAGAGAGAGUGAUUGAUGUGCGACGGAGGAGGGAGCCGUAGGUAGCCAGACCUCUUAGAAGAAACCAAAGGUGUUUCUUUUUUUGUUUUUCUUUUUUCCACCAUCCACUGAAAGCUGCGCAUUCAUAUCAGAAUUGCUUAUCCAGUUGGUCCGUGACCACCUGUCCAACGAACUUCUUUUUUCUCACAUGGAUGUGGAAAGAAGUAAUUUUAUAUUAUGCUGCUUUUACACUUCUUCUUCUUUUUUUUUUUUUUUUUUACAUUUUACUGUUUGUAUAUAUUUUAUGUCAAUAAAAUUGUCUA